GGCAAUUAUGCCGUCUGAAGGGUGGAAAUGAUCGUUUAACUGGCGGAACCGUGAUCCUGCCAUGAUUUGACAUAUUUGGCUUCCAGAAACAUCGCCAUGAUUGAAUCCUUAAUCAGUAUCGCCUUUUAUCUGUCCACGGCAAUUACAGCACUCAUCUUGCUACUUCCUUCACAGUAUGGGCAGAGCACAACUGAAAAGGAAGAUGAUGGACGUGGUCCAUCUCAGAAGCCAAAGAUGACGGUUCAGAUUCUUGUUCUUGGAGAUAUCGGCCGCAGCCCGCGCAUGCAGUACCAUGCGCUAAGCAUCGCAAAGCACGGCGGCCAGGUCGAUAUCAUUGGAUAUAAUGAAUCGGAACCCCAUCCCGAUAUCCUCUCUCAUCCAGGAAUUUCCAUUGUUCCGUUACCUCCGCACCCCGCAGCUUUACAGACAAGCAACAAACUUCUUUUCCUCGCUUUCGGGCCUCUUAAGGUAUUGUUUCAAGUGAUAUGUCUAUGGUGGUGUCUGGCUUAUCGUACGAGGCCUGCAAGAUGGCUUCUAGUCCAGAAUCCUCCUUCCAUACCAUCACUAGCAGUCGCUUCUCUCGUAUGCUUUCUCCGAAACACGAGUCUGAUCAUAGAUUGGCACAAUUUUGGCUAUUCAAUCCUCGCAUUGAAACUCGGCACUGGUCAUCCCUUAACCCAACUUUCUAAGUGGUAUGAGAGAACUUUCUGCAAAUAUGCUACAGCGCAUAUCUGCGUUACGCAGGCAAUGGUGUCUAUUCUGAAGAAGGACUUUGCUCUCAAAGCUCCUCUGCUGCCUCUACAUGACCGCCCCGCUAGUCACUUUCAGCCUAUUCCGGACAACCACGCAAGGCGGGAAUUCUUGGUCUCACUACCCGAAGCACAGUCAGUGCGGGAAUGCCUAGAAUCGGGAAACGUUCAGGUGGUUGUCAGCUCAACCUCCUGGACUCCCGAUGAAGAUUUCUCCAUCCUUAUCGAUGCUCUAUGCCAGUACUCGGAGUUUGCGAGCACGACUAAACCCUACCUACCCCAAAUACUGGCAAUAAUUACAGGAAAGGGCCCACAAAAAGACAUGUACUUGGAGAAGAUAUCUUGUCUCGAGGCCGCUGGGAAGCUCAAAAAGGCCACUAUCAGAACCGCAUGGUUAAGUGUUUCUGACUACGCACAGCUCCUAGCUUCAGCUUCUUUAGGCGUCAGCCUUCACACUAGUAGCAGUGGCGUUGAUUUACCCAUGAAAGUCGUCGAUAUGUUCGGUGCUGGAUUGCCUGUUGCGGGCUGGAGCCGCUUCGAGGCCUGGCCUGAACUGGUUACGGAAGGUGUAAAUGGCAUGGGAUUCGGGAGCUCAGGAGAACUCUCCGCAAUCUUGGUUGAUCUUUUAGGUAAUCCUAAUAAACUGGAGAAACUUCGUGCUGGUGCGGAGAGAGAGAGCUCAAGACGAUGGGAUGAUGAGUGGGAUCCUGUUGCUGGGAAAUUACUGAGGUUGAUAUAA